UUCUGACCAGCCUUCAUCCAACAGAGCACACUUUGGCACAAGCGUUGUUUUCCUGCCAACAACUGCAGAAGUUGCUAAUAUCCAGUUGCUGAAAUGGAGCUUCUGGGAGUUACUACUCUUGCUCUUGUCAUUUCUGUCACUUGCCUGAUUUUCAUAUUUUUGUGGACAAAAGGUCAGAAAGCAGUAAGGCUACCCCCUGGCCCAACUCCACUCCCUGUUAUUGGAAACAUCCUGCAGCUGAACCUCAAGGAUGUUCCUGCAUCUCUCUCCAAGCUGGCUGAACAGUAUGGGCCUGUUUAUACCUUGUACCUUGGACCCCGGUGCACUGUGGUCUUACAUGGAUACGAUGCAGUAAAAGAAGCUCUGAUCAAUCAAGGUGAUGAAUUUCAUGGCAGAGGACGUUUUCCAAUCAUAGAUAACGCUCAGAAAGGAUAUGGGCUCAUUUUCAGUCACGGAGAGAGAUGGAAGCUCAUGCGCCGCUUCUCCCUCAUGACCCUGAGGAACUUCGGGAUGGGGAAGAGAAGCCUUGAGGAGAGAGUGCAGGAGGAAGCCCGUGGCCUCCUGCAGGAGCUGAGAAAUACAGAAGGUCAGCCCUUUGAUCCCACCUUCGCCCUUUCUUGUGCUCCCUGCAAUGUGAUCUGUUCUGUCCUCUUUAAUGAGCGUUUCCAGUACAACGAUGAGAAAUUCCUCACCCUGAUGGAUCUGUUAGAUGAAAAUUUUAAACAAGUAAACUCUCGCUGGUGCCAGAUAUACAAUCUUUGGCCAGUACUCAUGAAGUAUCUCCCUGGAAAACACAAAGAAUUCUCAAAAAAGAUUUAUGAUGUUAAGAAUUUCAUUCUGGAAAAGGUGAAGGAGCAUCAAGAGACCUUGGACCCUGAUAACCCCCGUGACUAUAUCGACUGUUUCCUUACCAAGAUGGAGCAGGAAAAAUACAAGCCAGAAUCUGAAUUUAAUUUGGAGAACUUGGCAGCCUGUGGAUCUAAUUUAUUUACAGCAGGAACAGAAACAACCAGUAUCACCCUGAGAUUUGGGCUGCUGCUCCUAAUGAAAUACCCAGAGGUGGAAGCCAAAGUUCAUGAAGAAAUUGAUCGUGUGAUUGGACGCAACCGAAGCCCCAGCAUGAAGGACAAGAUGAAGCUGCCCUACACAGAGGCCUUUCUGCAUGAGAUACAAAGAUACAUCACCCUGUUUCCUUCUAACCUACCCCAUGCUGUAACCCAGGACACGAAAUUCAGACAAUAUGUCAUCCCCAAGGGAACUACUGUAUUACCAUUGUUGUCUUCAGUCUUGUUGGAUUGCCAGGAGUUUCCCAAUCCAGAGAAAUUUGACCCGGGACACUUUCUGGAUGAAAAUGGCUGUUUCAAGAAAACAGACUACUUUGUGCCUUUUUCCUUGGGAAAACGGGCCUGUGCUGGAGAGAGUUUGGCCCGUAUGGAGUUGUUCCUGUUUAUCACCAGCAUUCUGCAAAACUUCUCCCUGAAGUCCUUGGUGGAACCAAAGGAAAUAGAUACCAAACCCAUUACUACUGGGUUUAUCAAUAUCCCACCACCCUAUAAGCUCUGUCUGAUACCGAGAUAAAAGAAUUUACUUCUUUUAGCCAUUCCAAUCAAAGUAAUUGUUUUCCAUUUCCUCUAAAUUCCCCACUUUGAAUACUGCUACCAUACUAGGACAGAAACCCUUUCUCAGUAAAAUUAGAUGAAUAUUUGUUUCAAUCUACAAAUUGCUUGUUAACAGAAAGGGCUGGGUCUUGAAAACUCCAAAAGGGCAAGCCAUGGGGGUUCCACGAAGAGAAACGCCAGAUAGCACCUCCCUGAGCCUACCUGCAGGAACUCUGAGAAUCAGGCACCCCUCUGCCCCAAGCAACUGGCUGGAGGACAGGCUGAGUUGAUAGUAGCUAAGGUACAAAGAGCAACUGAAUGCUUGUAUUGUUUGAUUGACUUUGCAGGCCUGGGACCAGUGGUCUGAGCAUCUCUUGGGAGGGUGACAGUGUGCAGCAUAGCAGAUAUAGGGGAUUUCCCUCUGCUUUGCCUUUGAAGUCCAAUAGUGUUCUCACUGUUUUGCUUUGUUCUGAUUGUUUUGCUUUGUUGGAUAUUCUGCUUUGAUUGGUUUUAUUUUGUUUUGUUCUUGGUUUGAUUUUGCUAUGCUUGAGGGAAUGGACAAUUAUUGUGAAGAUAGUAAGAUGUUCUAUGGUAGCUGUUGUUUUCCUAGUAUCCUGCUUUGAAGUUCUGUACCAGUUUUGAUUGGCUGUGUUCUGUUUUGUUGGAUUUUAUUAUCUUUAAAAUAAAAUAUUUUCAAAAAGAAAGCUACAAAAGGGCAACCAAUAUGUUUAUAACCUGUAGAGUACUACAUAAACCAUGCUCAAGGAGAACCCAGACCAGGCCUUCAGAAAGCUUUCAUUAGAGAUUAUCAAUAAACAGAGCCUUCACUCUUUUGGUGGAUUUGGAAAUAAAGUAAUUGUCAUUUUUGAAAUAGAUUAAUAUAGUGGACUAUGUAAACCUAUUUCCAUUUUAAAGCCCUUAUAUGAUUUUUGUCACAUUCAUAAAAUAAAUCUUUACUGUUGCAAUACA